AUGGCUAAAGAAACAGUCAAAACCGUUGUACCAUCAGAGGAUACACCCAACAAAGAUAAACAAAAGUUAAAAGAAAAAAACGAGAACAAAGCAGAUGCUGAGAAAGACAAAAAGGACGAAGAAUUGUCAGAAGAAGAUCUUCAGCUUAAAGAUGAAUUAGAAUUGCUGAUUGAAAGAUUGAAGGAGGAAAAUGUCGAUCUUCAUAGACCGGUUUUGGAGAGCCUUCGUGUUCACAUUCGAACAUCUACUAGUUCUAUGACCUCCGUUCCAAAACCAUUAAAGUUCUUGAGACCUCAUUAUGCAACCAUAACUGAGAUUUACCUAAGUUGGCCAGAAAGUGAUAAUAAACAUUUUUUGGCUGACAUUUUGUCUGUAUUGGCAAUGACUUAUGACGAAGGAAAAAGAGAUUCCUUGAAAUAUAGAUUAGAAGGAUCACGUGAAGAACCUGGUUCUUGGGGACAUGAAUACGUACGGCACUUGUCAACUGAGAUUGGACAAGAAUUUUUAUAUCGUCAAGAAAGUGAUAAACCCACCGAAGAUCUCAUGAACCUUGCAUUAGAAAUUGUUCCUUUCCUCUUAAAGCAUAACGCCGAAGCUGAUGCUGUUGAUUUAUUUUUAGAACUGGAGGCAAUUGACAAAUUACCACAAUUUGUAGAUAAAGAUACUUAUCCACGAGUGUGUCGGUACAUGGUUAGCUGUGUAAAUUUGUUAGUCUUUCCUGAUGAUGUUUCUGUUCUAAAAACAGCCCAUCAAAUAUAUUGUCAACACAACAAAUUUACCGAAGCAGUAUCCCUUGCUAUUCGACUAGGAAAUGAAGAUUUAAUAAAAGAAAAUUUUGAAGCAGCUGGAAAUUUUGACCCCCUUUUGCAAAAACAAAUAGCUUUUCAAUUAGCAAGACAACAUAUAACUUUGCCAGUUGAUAAUGAAGAACUUCUUGAAAUAAUUAAUAAUACUCAUUUAUCAAAACAUUUCAUUGCUUUAGCGGAGGAAUUGGAUGUAAUGGAACCAAAGACUCCAGAGGAUAUAUAUAAAAGUCAUUUAGAAAAUAUUCGUCCUGGUUACACAAGUGGAAAUGUUGAUUCUGCAAGACAAAAUUUAGCUUCAACAUUUGUAAAUGCAUUUGUAAAUGCAGGGUUUUGUACCGACAAAUUAGUAUCCAUAGAAGAUGGAAAUGCGUGGCUUUUCAAAAAUAAAGAACAAGGAAUGUUAAGUGCUGCUGCCUCGAUUGGUUUGGUUACAUUAUGGGAUGUAGACGCUGGGUUAGUAUGUAUUGAUAAAUAUUUAUAUUCUAAAGAAGACUAUAUUAAGGCAGGUGCUCUUCUUGCAAUAGGAUUAUUUAAUACAGGAGUACGUAAUGAAAAUGAUCCUGCAUUUGCAUUACUUUCUGAACACAUCGAGUCUUCAAAUCUAAACAUGAGAAUAUGUGCCAUUGUUGGUCUUGGAAUGGCGUACGCCGGCUCACAUCGGGAAGAUAUUCAAGAUAUUUUAUUACCUUUAGUUAGUGACACUAAUCUAAGCAUGGAAAUAGCAUCAGUGGCAGCUUUGUCUCUAGGGUUGAUAUUUGUUGGAAAUUGUAAUGGUGAUAUUACAAGCACAAUAUUGCAAACUAUGAUGGAACGAGAAGAUUCUCAAUUGAAAGAAAUAUGGGGCAGGUUUAUGGGACUUGGUUUAGCUCUUUUAUAUCUUGGAAAACAAGAUGCAGCAGAAGUAACAUUAGAAACUUUAAAGGCAAUCGAACAUCCUAUCAGUAAACAAGUGGAAGUUCUUGUAGAAAUUUGCUCAUAUGCAGGAACUGGAAAUGUACUUAAAGUGCAAAAUAUGAUGCAUAUUUGCGAUGAUCAUUUAGAUAAAGAGAAAGAUGAGGAUUUACAUCAAGCAUUUGCAGUUUUAGGUGUAGCUUUGAUUGCCAUGGGUGAAGAUAUUGGCGCAGAGAUGGCAUUAAGAAUGUUCAACCAUCUGAUGCAUUAUGGAGAGCCAGUAAUUCGUCGCACGGUUCCCCUUGCCUUGGGUUUACUUUGUGCCUCAAAUCCUCUUCUAAAUGUCCUAGAGACAUUAAGUAAAUAUUCACAUGACAAUGAUGCAGAUGUUGCCAUAAAUGCAAUAUUUGCUAUGGGACUUGUUGGAGCUGGAACAAAUAAUGCACGAUUAGCACAAAUGUUGAGGCAACUCGCAUCUUAUUAUCAUAAAGAUGCUAAUUGUUUAUUUAUGGUCAGAAUAGCACAGGGUCUAUUACAUAUGGGUAAAGGAACCAUAUCAAUAAACUCGUUUCACUCUGACAGACAAUUAUUGUCACCUGUAGCAAUAGCCGGAGUUUUAAUAACUUUAAUUGCUUUUACAGACACUAAAACGCUCAUACUGGGCAAAUAUCAUUGGUUUUUGUAUUAUUUGGCAACAGCAAUGUAUCCUAGAUUCUUAAUUACACUUGAUGAAAAUUUAAAUAGCUUACCUGUCACAGUUCGUGUAGGACAGGCAGUUGAUGUUGUGGGACAGGCCGGUAGACCCAAAACGAUUACGGGCUUUCAAACACAUUCAACACCAGUGUUAUUGGCACAUUCCGAACGUGCAGAACUAGCAACAGAAGAAUGUAUCCUUUAUUAUUUUUGUUGCGAAGAUGUUAAUUUUGUUUGUUAUAAUUAUCAUAAUAUUAUCACCUUAACUCAAAAAAAAUCUUUAGAUAUAUCAUUAUCUCAUAUUCUUGAAGUUAUAAUGAAGAAUGUUUGGGAUCUUGAAGAAGUAGUUACUACGCCCAAUUCAGCUCUUAGGUUACAUUCCAAAAUUAUAAAGCAGAUAGCACAAUUCUUAGAGUCACAACUAGAUCGAUACAACUUAUGUUUAGUUAACAAGACAUGGUCACCAGUAGCUAAGAGUGUGUUGUGGUCAGAGCCAAAUUUCAAGACGCCGGAUUCUCUUCGCUUUUUUCUACGAGCAGUUAAAGAAUCAAGACAAUGCGCUUUAAGAGUUCAAUCUCUUAAUCUAUGUGCACCAGAGGAAAAUAUCACUAGUGACAUUUUCCUACCUGUAUUAAAUUCCGAGCGACAAGAGCAUAAAAUAAUGUCAACCUAUGUCAUAUCAAGACCAAAUUUCAUAUUAAAUCUUGUAAAGAUAUGUGAAAAUGUACAAAAAAUUAAAGUUUAUGGAUGGAAUUUAUCUGAUAAUCAUCUACAAUCAUUAUCACAAAAUUGUCCAAAACUCAAGGAAAUUUUAGCAUUCUAUUCAUCGAUAAAUUAUAUGCAUGAUCUUUGUGUGUUGGAUUUAGAUGGUGAUUUUAAUUUGUCUGAUGGCUUUGCAGAAAUACUACCAACCAGAUGUCCAAUGCUUGCUUCACUUAAACUUUCGACUAAAUCAAUGACGGAAAAAGGAUUUGAUUCACUAGCAAAAAAAUUUACUAAACUUACUAACCUAAUAUUACAAAAUUGUCCUCAUCUUAUCGAUGAAAACAUUGAAAGUUUUGUUAAAAAAAAUCCUAAACUACAAAAACUUCAAUUAUUAAGUAAAGGCCUUACCAUCAAAACAUUUCAAGUGGUGAUAUAUUAUGCAAAGGAACUAGUAUAUUUUGAUUUUAGGUGCUUACAAGAAGAAAUUAGUAUUUUACCAAACGAGAUGCAAUGGUUAAGGCCAGUUUGUCAUAAUUUGGAUACACUUAUACUUGAAAAUUUACCAAUUGAUGACCAUAUAAUUUCAACUAUCGUUAUACAUUGUAAAAAAAUGAAAAAUAUUGGACUUUCAAAAUGUUCAUAUAUAACUGAUGAUUCGAUCAAUAGCAUCGCAUCUAAUCAAAAAAACCUUUGUUUGAUAAAUUUAGUUGAGUGUAGGAACAUUACAGAUCUCUCUCUUAAAUAUUUAGGUGGUGGUGGAAAUCAAACUAGUAAUAAUAAUAAUAGUAGUAGUCAUUCAAUUGCACAUGUUAUUAUAGAUUCAUGUGGUUCAUUUGCACCAGAAGCUAUACAUUGGUUUGUCAAUGUUUCACCAAAACUCGAAAAAAUAAUUUUGCAUGGGAUGCCAUCAAUCAUCAAUUCUUUUAUCUAUCAAUUUUCUGCAGAAUAUCAACAAAAAAAGCAACAAAAUGGAAUAUAUAAUUCGAUUGACGCUAAAGCAAAAUGCACUCUCAUUAAAUUGUCGUUAGAAUUGGGUUUACCUACAAAUGUUAUUGAUCAUACAAAACACACUUUUAUCACCACCGCCACUGCAACCGCAACCACAUCUUCAAUUUCUGCAUCAGCGCAACAUCGACAUGAUUCGUGGACUACAGUUAUUAAAAAAACACGAAGUUGUUGGUCAUCGAUUAAUAUAAAAUUACCUAAGAAAAAAGGAUACCGUAAAGAAGUCGCACAGAGUCGGUCAAUUUAUGAUAAUAAUAAUGAUAAUGAUCAUGCAGUAGAAGUGGGUAACGAUAAGCAAGUAAAUAAUGAAUUAAAAUCAACAACAAUAAAAGGAUAUAAAUCGUCAUGGAAUAAACCUAUUGGAGGUGAAGAUGAUUUAGGUGGAUGGGCAGAUUUUGGAAUCCAGUCAAGACAUGACGACUAUAACAAUAAAGAUAAAGAUGCCGUUGUUGUGGACUCCCAUCAACAAAAUAUUUCCAAAUUAUUCAUCUCGCCUGACUCCAUUAACAAUGAUUGUGAUGUUAAUGAUGAUAAAGAAAUAUUAGUUGAUAUUGGUACUUGGGAUAAACCAGGAUCAGUAAUAGAUAUGAUUUGGGAUUCCAGUGCAACUGAACAAUCAAACUCUGACAAUACAAUUGAAGUCGAAGAGGAGGAGGAAUCGAUUAAAAAGAGUGUUUACUCUAAGAAUAAAAAUGAAACGAUGACAGUUGCUAAUAAUAAAAAAGUUGUUAUUGAUGAUGAUGAUGAAGGAUGGGGAACACCACCUGAAAGUGCUAUUGCAUGGAAUGAUCCUCGACAAGGGGAAAAAGUUCAACGACAACAUCAGAAAGAAGAAAGUUGUCAUAAGGAAGCAUGUGCAAUCCAAGCCUGUCUUCAAAAAAACAAUUAUCAAGAGUCAAAAUGUCAAGAAUCGAUUAAUCAAUUGUAUCAAUGCUGUGAAAAAUUAUUGAAAUCAGGUGGAGAAUCAGCAAGUUGUUCAAAGAAGAUAAUGAAAAAUAAGGAUUUUUUGUAA